GACAGUGACACCUUGUCUCAGCGAUGAUUGAGCCCCGUGGUUCUGUCCUAAACUGCAACUCUCUUAAUCCCAAGCGUAUCUCUGCGCUUUUGUUUUUAAUCGGUUGCAGUACGUUUUGGUGAGUUUUCUGCUGCAUCACAUGUGCGUGUUGCUGCUACAGCGCUCAGCGCGCCGAGGCUGUUGUCCUGAAAGCAGAGGGACAUCAGGAGCAGGAAGCUGCAGAACAAGCAGCCAGGGCGCACUGCGUUUCGCCACAUUUUCACUCCUGCUAUGAAAAGCGGCGAUUUGUGAAGAAACAUGCGUUCAGCGCACAGGUGAAAAGAACGGGGUUUAACUUCUGCUGCUGCUGCAACUUUUUUUUCCCCCUUCUUCUCUUUUAAUUCAAUUUCGCGUGGAUUUUGCUUGUUGUUUUUCUAUGUAAUAUUUUGAGAUUGACGAAAGAGACGCCGCGGUAUUUGAAAUCUUUUUUUGUUGGAAAGCGAUGUCUCGCAAGAAGGCAGCCAGAGGCAAAGCCGCACACAGCGCGCCGUCGGCUGGCAGCCCCGCCGGGAAAGGCACCGGGAAAGCAGCGAGGAGCAGCCCGAGCAUUGUUCAGAUGAACGGCGUGGUCCAUCCCAGCAGACCCUCCAUCAGCAGCAGCAACGAGUUUUAUGACAUCGCUUUCAAGGUCAUGCUUGUUGGCGACUCCGGUGUUGGGAAAACCUGUCUACUGGUCCGUUUCAAAGACGGGGCUUUCCUUGCCGGCAGCUUUAUCUCCACUGUGGGAAUCGACUUUAGGAAUAAAGUACUGACCAUCGAUGGAGUCAAGGUGAAGCUGCAGAUCUGGGACACAGCUGGUCAGGAGCGCUUCCGCAGUGUCACGCAUGCCUACUAUCGAGAUGCUCAUGCUCUUCUCUUGCUGUAUGAUGUCACCAACAAGUCGUCUUUUGACAACAUACAGGCAUGGCUGACUGAGAUCCAUGAAUAUGCCCAACAGGAUGUGGUGCUCAUGCUGCUUGGAAACAAGGCUGAUGCCACUCAUAACCGAGUGGUAAAGAGAGAAGAUGGUGAAAAGCUUGCUAAGGAGUUUGGGGUUCCCUUUAUGGAGACUAGUUCCAGGACCGGUCUGAAUGUAGAGCUGGCUUUCACUGCUGUGGCCAAGGAGCUGAAACACAGGUCCAUGAAGGAUCCCAGUGAAAAGUUUAAGCUGCAUGAGUACGUGAACAAGGAGAUGAAGGGUGCCGGCUGCUGCGCCUAAACGCUGCCUAAAUGGUUGAAAAUGUGUGUUCGUAUGCUGAUCAAUCAUCAUUUUAAUGUUGGAAAUCUUUUCUGGGCUUAUCAAGGUCGAUGAUUCGGCUUCAUAGAGUUGUAAAACCUUCCUGAUCUUUUUGUUUCUCUUGUUUUAAUCUUCUGUCAUGCUUCUCUUCCCCUGCCUGUGUCUUUAGCUGGGAAUGGAGACCAAGGAAAAUAUAGCAGAGAACAGCUCAGUUAGCUGCCUGUUAAUAAUUUUUUUUUUUCGUCUCAAUGCAGCUGCACAAUCUUUUGAAUGAGAAACAUAUAAUUGUCAAUGUGUAAUUAAUUUUAUUCAAACUAAUUGAUUCACAACAUGAUUCGUCUUUCUUUUGAGAAGGUACAUCUUUUGUAAGGCAGCUUAUUUCCCACAUUAUUAUUCUUAUUAAUACUGGCAGCUUUUGUUAAAAUGUUCUGAAUUAAGCUAGCUUGAAACUAUACGUGUGGUGAUGUCUCCUCUGUCCAUGUUCCAGUGAUCAUAGAAGUGAUUCAGCGGUUCUCCAAGGAGUCGGGUUGACUUACCAGCAGUAAUUCAGAGUAUUUUGUUGAUUCCUGGGUGAAUAUUUGGGGAUGUACAUCCUUUCAUCACACAGCAAAAUCAAAAUGUUGUUGCUAUUUUGGAUACAAUGCUACUGAUGAGAAGAGUUUGGAAAUUCUUAAUUGUACAGAUGUCUCUCUAUAGCAUCGGUAAUUUCUAUUUGUCAUUGUCUGCUGUAGUUGUUGUUUUUUUUCUUGAGGAGGGGGUCUUGAUCUGAAAGCUUAAUGGGGCUUAUUGGGUCGACUGCAGUUUCAGCUGAGGUCUUUCCGUGUGGAGGUUGUGUUCUCCUUGUGCAUGCAUGGAUACUCUCCAGAUACUCCAGUAUUCCUCAAACAGUCCAAAAUCAUGCAUGCUGGAUUCAAGAUUUAUAUCACCCUGAAGUGCGAGUGAGCGGAUGUUUGUCUUGCUUAUCAUAAGUGUUGACUCGUUGAUGUAAGAGCGACUUAUCCAGGGUGAAGGCCAUCUCUGUCCCGCUGAUCAACUGAGACAGGCAACGCUAUCGCAAUGACCAUGAAGCUGAGCAGAAAUGGAAAAUCGAUUGUGUAAACUCACUAUACGUAAACUAUAGGCAUGAAAAUAUGUCAAAUAUGUUGUAAAUACCUUUUUUCUGCAUUUAGAGGAUUUUAGUAAAGCCUAAUAGUACUUUAAAUGGAGUUGCCCGUAAAGUUAUCUUAUUGUAUUAGAAUUAGGGAUGUGCCGAUCCAAGUCCCUGAAGAAACUCAACUCCAGAUACCUGUUGCUGGUCUAGUGUCUGUGUUUUGGGCCGCCAAGCUCUGCCCGCUGCUCUCAGAUACUCCCAGACAGCUUUUGGUGUAAGGAAGAGAGACUUGCAAAGAGAGCAGCUGAAACACUUCUAGUUAAAUCUUAUGACGUUGAAAGCAAAACACCAAAUUUUUGUUGCAGAACAACUUUUUUCUGUGAACUUUGGAACUCAAAACUGAAACAUGUUACAAGCCAAAUUAUCAACAAGUCACAUGAAAAAAAAACGAGCUGUAGUUUAGGGGGGGAAAAAAUGCCCUUUUUAAAAUAUCAGCUAGGACAAGACAUGGGUUUAAUCAAGUCAAGUCAGGGUUUAAUCAAAUUAGAAAUCCAAGCACAUUUUAGAUAACAUGUCAGUAGCUUAUAUUAAGACUCAAGAAUAAACAAAAUAGCCAUUGCUAUUAUUAAAAAUAGAUAAGCGGGGAUGCAUGAAAUAAUAUAUCUGUCAUGAUUUGGGUUUUUGUUUAUUUUGCCUUUGGACCUUUUUGGACUUUUCUUAUCAGCCUGUCACCCCUCAGUCA